CGUACACCUGGAUUUGAGUCGGAGUUAUUCGUUUUUAAAGUGCACAGAGAUCACCUUUACAGGGGGGAAAGACUAGGAAGAGUAACUUUCAAUAACUGCAAUGGAAGAACAAGAAUGCUCUUUCAGUCCGUUGACAAACGGUUUGAUGUGAACACGGAUGGGACUGUAAUGCUGAAGAGACAAGUGACUCUUCAUGAAGGCCACAAGGUGUUUUCUGUGCACGGUUGGGACUCCAGUGGCGAGAAGCACACUGUAUCUGUCAAAGUUGAGUGUAUCCACCAUCAUAAGGAACAUCACAUGGAUCGGGUCAUGAACAUCUCCUUCCCAGAGAUCGAAUCGUUCUCUGAUCAGGUUCUGACUUUUUCGAAGUCUUCAACGGGAGCAAAGAGAGCAAAGAGAGAUUGGGUUAUUCCUCCGUUCCAUGUAUCUGAGAAUAGCAGAGGUCCAUUCCCAAUGAAGAUUGGGAAGAUAAAGUCAGACUUUGCAGAGGAAACUCAAAUGGUAUACAGCAUCACAGGUGAAGGAGCAGAUCAGGACCCAAAGGGGAUUUUCACUGUUGAAAAAUCAUCAGGGAAUCUCUUUGUCACUCAGCCACUCAACAGAGAAAAAAAAGCUUCAUACAGACUUAUAGCUCAUGCUGUAGGACAAGAUGUGAUUAAUCUAGAAGAAAGUCCAAUGGAAAUUCUCAUCAAUGUGAUUGACCAAAAUGAUAAUAAGCCUGUGUUUACUCAAAAUCCUUUUAAUGGACAUGUUCCUGAAGCUGCUGAAAAAGAUUAUGAGUUUAUGACAGUCACAGCCACUGAUGCAGAUGACCCAGAAACGCACAACGGUGUAGUCUACUACACAUUUGUCAGCCAAGAGCCGCCAUUUCCAAAACCGAACAUGUUUGAUAUCAACAUUGUAUCUGGAACCAUUCGUGUGCGAGAAACAGGCAUGGACAGAGAGCAAUGGCCCAGAUAUACUUUGUUAAUUGUGGCUGCUGACAUGGAAGGAAACGGUUUGUCAACCACUGGCACAGCUGUUAUUACAAUUACUGACAGCAAUGAUAACCCUCCUCAGUUUGAGCAAACUUCGCACGUCGUAUCCAUCCCAGAGAAUGAAGUAGGCCAUGUUGUGACCAAACUUACAGUUUCUGAUGGAGAUGAAGUUGGAUCACCGGCCUGGUCAACCAAGUAUCGCAUUAUUAGUGGUGACGAGGGUGGGUUUUUCAAUGUCAGUACUGGACCCAGCCAGCUGGAGGGCAUCAUCACCACUGUAAAGCCCCUGGACUUUGAGAAGACCAAGCAAUAUGUUCUGUCUGUGAUUGUUGAGAAUGAUGAUCCAUUCGUUGGUUCUUUGUCCACAUCCACUGCCACGGUCACAGUGAAUGUAGAGGAUGUAAAUGAACCUCCUGAGUUUAAUCCAAAAGAGAAGAUUAUCUUCAAACCUGAAGAUACACCAGUUGAUACUGAAUUGGUUACUUAUAUAGCCACUGAUCCAGACACUGGAAAACCACAGAUAAAGAUAAUGUAUAAAAUGGGCAGUGAUCCUGCUGGUUGGCUCAGUGUGUCUCCAGAAACUGGAGUGAUUAAAGUCAGAACACUUAUGGAUAGAGAGUCUGCUUAUGUCAAAGAUGGAAAAUACAGAGCUACCAUUUUGGCCGUGGAUGAUGACGCAACAUCUCCAGCAACUGGCACAGGAACCGUGAUAAUUGAAUUGGAGGAUGUAAAUGACAACGCUCCUGUUAUUAAUGAAAGGAAUAUAACAGUUUGCAAUCGUGGAUCAGCCCCAGUUCUUCUCUCUGUAACGGACAAAGAUGGACCUCCUCAUGCUGCACCCUUUAUCGUUGAGACCCGAGGAGAAACCAGUAAAAAAUGGUCCACCACAAUGAAUGAAACAUCAGCUGGUGUUUUUCUGCAUCUCAAGUCUCAAUUGGAGCAGGGGGCAUACAAUGUAGUCCUGAGAGUGUUUGAUCGACAUAAGCUGUAUCAGGACAGCUCCAUUCAAGCAACUGUGUGUGACUGCAUAGGAGAUGAAUUCCAGUGUACUGACAAACGGUUAGCAGAGAUGUCACUAUCUGGAGUGCUUCGGAUCCUGGGAGGAAUCUUGGCUCUGCUGUUGCUUGUUUGUCUUCUGCUUUUGUUCCUGAGGAGGAAAAGCAGUACCAAAAAAGAACCACUCCAUCCUGAAGAUGAUGCAAGAGACAACAUCUGCUCUGAUGAUGAGGAAGGCGGUGGAGAAGACGACAAUCAGGAUUAUGAUCUGAGUGUGUUGCAUCGUGGCUUGGACAGACAGAUUGGGACGUUCAUUGAUGAUAAUGUGAAGGCUGUGGAUAACGACCCUACAACACCCCCCCAUGACUCCCUCCUGACGUUUUACUAUGAAGGAGGAGGCUCAGAUGCAGGUUCACUCAGCUCCCUCAACUCUUCCAGCUCAGGACACGACCAAGACUAUGACUUCCUCAAUAAGUGGGGUCCACGCUUUAAAAAGCUGGCAGACAUGUUUGGAGGAGGAGAGGAUUAAGACCCCCCCCCCACGCAAGAGGCAUGUUGGUGGUUAAUAAGUGCAAAAAAUAUGAGAAUUCUAAAGUUCAGUUCAUGCUCUGGUGAUUUGCAUACUAUGUUUAAAGUUGGAACUGGAAUAAUAGCACUGUUCAUGCAUCAGCAUAAACAAAAAGAUUGUUUGCUUUGAAAUGUUUUCUUUUCUUGGGAGCAGUUUUUAAGUUGUGUUUUUUUUGUCUUUCUUCAUCCUCUUUAAAUGAAGCUCCCAAUUAAAAAGACUUUGAAUAUUUGCUCUGGUUGCUCAGUAGGUAAGAACCUAUAAAACAGCAGUCCAAAGCUGUUUAACUGUAUAUGCCUUUUGUAACCUUUUGUUAACUUUGGCAUUAAAGAUUGAUCUAAAGGAUGAGGGGUACUGUAAAUUUACCAUUUUUGAAAAGCACUAAUUUUUCAAAAACUUUUUUUUAUAUUUGCUGGUGUCUUAUUU